ACGGUGGACCAGGUGAGGAGGACCGAUUUAAAAGGCAGAUACCAACAACGUCUGAACACAGCCCAACGGUACGAAAAGCCGCGAAAGGAGAUUCCACAAGUGAAAACUGCAGAAGAAACAAGGAGCCUAAGCGUUCACUUUUUAAAGAGAAAGACGACAGCACGAGCAGCAUAGACAAUGCUACUUCUCUAUUGUAUAACAUAGAUUGCGAAGGUGAUGAAAAGAAGAGCACAGAGGUAAAAGUAGCAAUUACAACACCACAAGGAAAUGUUACAGUACGUCGCGUGAGCGAAAAAACCACUGCCGCAGUCAUCAGGAAUUUAGCACAAAAAAACUUAAAAGCAGCUUCGUAUGCUGUUCUGAAGUGUGACAACCUUGUGAACAAAUUGCUGUUUGCGUUAAAUAAACAAGUUACAAGGGAGUUUAAAUCCUAUUGCCAUUCUGACUCUGUGCUAAAAGAGAGAAAUCCCGAAGAUCUGUGUGCAUUCUCGAAUAAGAUACUUGCUGAAGAAGUACGAGUGCAUCUCCCGAUUUGGAAUGCUUGUAUACGUGGAGCGUGCAAUGUGAAACUCGAAGACCAACCUGGAGAUUCAGUGAAUGCGAUUGCCUUGGCCACUGCUAUCGUGGCGCGACGCCAAAACACUCAAAUGUCUGCUGUGGCAUAUCGUAUUUCGACUAUCCUUUUUCACAGCGGGGUGAAUUUCGAAGACCAAACUCGUCUCAAUCGCCUUGGCCUUUGUAUGUCGCCUCGCACCAUGGUAAAAUUUCAAAAGGAAAUGGGGAAUAAUUUUGACGCAAAAGUUUUACUUUGGAAGAGUGAAUCAGAGAAAAAACUGUCUACUUUACGGUUUCUUGAAGAAGUGAAGACCCGCCAGUUGGUAAGCGAAGAAGAUGACAUGGAUGUGGAAGAUAAAAAAGUCAGUUUGGAUAGCGACACUGUCAAAGAAUAUAGAAACGUCAACGAAACUACGUUAAGCUAUGGUAUACAGCUGCUUGAUAAAUCCAAGCAACAGCUUGGAUUAGAUGAUAUACCGUUAAGUUCGCCAACAUAUACAGAGGACGUCCUUCAGUCAGCCAUUAACAGUUUGAGGAAUGAUAAUAUUCCUCAUUACAAGUAAGUAAUUUUGCUGGCAGAUUACUAUAUCAACCAGGGAAUAAUUUUCACGCAAUUAAUUGUAAUAUCCCUGAUUGUAUCGAUCAACAUACGUACUGUAGUAUGUAUCCAAGAAAGUUAACAAAAGGUACACUUUACUAACACUACUUCAUUUGAAAAGGUUCACUUUUUGACAUCUCAAAAAAAUGAACCCUUUGAGUCCCUAUGUAUUAUACAUACCGAGCCAUGAAUGCAUUAAAAGUUUAAAAACACAAUUAUAUUAAUUCAUUUGUUUUACUUUUAGUGUUUGACUAAGUACAGUAAUAUUAAUGCACCCAGUGGGGGAGCUGCCCCCCCCUUCCCCCACCUUCACAGAAAUUUGCUGAACUUUCGGAAAUUCUGACCUAAAAGAGGGCUAAAAAUAGUCUUUUCGAGUGCAACAUGCACUAUGCAUACAGUAUGUCGGAAAUUUGAAAGUUUUCUCGGAAAUUUAGGAGGCUUUGCCCGCCACUGGAAACAGUUGAAUUUCCCCCACUGAAUGCACCUAUCAAUGCACCUAUCAAUGGGGGGGGGGAUAGACUUUUUAAAAGUAAAAUUAUAAAGCAAUACCCUAAAUGUGGGCAAAUAACAAAUAAUUCCAGACCUGGGAGACAUCAAUGAUAUACCAUCUCUUGAAUGCGAAAUCAAUCAAUACGCAUAUAACAAAAUACAAUUUUCCAAAUUUAAUACUUAUCAAUAUUUUUUUUGCAACAUUCAAGUUUAAUUUGUAUGAUAAAUUCAUUUACGUAAUUGGUCAGUGGUUGUGACAGAAAAAGUAUGUGGUUUAAAAUUUAUCAAAUGCCCCCCUCCCCCCCACCAGAGGCGUAACAUUGAUAGCAGCAGUAUGUGCAUAUUAACAAACUAUGAUGCAAAAUAAGUCUUAAUUAUGGUAUUAUUAAUCUCUGAGGGAGUGCAUAUAAUCUUAACGAAGACCACAAUUCCAAGGGUUCACAGGAUCUUUGGCAGGCAGGGGAUUAAUUUUAAAUUGUGUGUAUAUACAGUAUGAACAGCCAGAUAUAGAGUUAUAUUAUUCUGAAUAUGUAGGAUUGUUGGAGAUAACAUUGACUUGGAAGUAAAAGCGAGAGUUCAAGAUAAACAACAUACCAAUCAAAGUUUACAUUGGACCCAUCAGUUUGCUGUCAAAGAUAAAGUUGUCAACAUGCAUCUAAACGCUGCAAAUAGUACAAGGAAAUCAAGAGACCUGCAGCUUGCUGAUAUACUUCCCACACAAGAAGUGAUGAAUAAAAUCAAGGCAUGUUGCGCUGUGUUGGUUAGCCGUGUCCUUGUGACUUACAUUGAGAAGCUUGGAUACUUAAAUCCAUGUGUUGUCAAACACAUACCACAUGCUUAUUCAAAAGAGAUGAAAUCCAAAUCUGAUUCAGUGAGUAUUAAUAUUUAAAUACCCUGAUAGCAGAGCCUGAUUUCCCCUUACAAAUCAGGCUCUGCUAUCAGGGUAAUGUUAAAAUUAAAACAUGCAAUCAUUUUUAUUUCAUUUUUAUUCCAUUUCCCUUUUAGCCCAUUGAGUGGCGAUGCACCCUACUUUAGUAUUUUACUCUGUCUAACGGCAGACGAUUUUACUCAUCAAGGGGAGAGCGCUGGCGCUUAAUGGGUUAAUUUCCAUCUUAUCCCAUCUCUGAUUUUAUUUUAUUUUAUUAUUUUAUUCGCUAACAACAGCACAUGCCAUUACUGUGGACCCUUGGUCGCAUAUUAAAUUAUCACCCACAUUUGACUAUACUUAUAAUUUCUAAUACAGUACUUAAUAUUUUUUAUAGUGCUGUUUAAGCAUGGAAUUCAAAAACCCUAAUGUAGCUGGGGAGAUGGCACAAAUGAUGAAGACCAACCAAGAUCGGUAUGUAACAGUAAUGUUUUGUCAAUAUAUAUAUAUAUAUAUAUAUAUAUAUAUAUAUAUAUAUAUAUAUAUAUAUAUAUAUAUAUAUAUAUAUAUAUAUAUAUAUAUAAUUUAAACCAUAGGCUUACGGGAAGGAAAAAAUUAGGGGGCCGGAAAGAAAUUUGCCUAACUUUUUCGGAUUGUGCCCAAAUUGUCAAAAAAAGAUUUCUGGAGAAACUUUCCGAAAUUGUUGUCAACAGGGGAGGGGGCAGGAGUCAGAGUGAUUAUGAAAAAUUCCUAUAUUAGAUAGCAUAUUUCCCACAAAACUGACAGAAUUUCCCACAAAAUUGACAGAAUUUGUCUCAUUUAUUUUUAUAAUAAACCAAUAUUGCCUGACUGAGAAGCGAAUUAUUGCGAAUAUAGCAACAAAAAAAAAAUGUAAACAAUACUUACUUGACUAAAAAAUACUGCAGGGCCCCUUUAGGUGUGUUUCACUAAGCAAUUCCCGGGCAGGCUAGCACUAACUGGUGGUCAACAGUUGCAGUCAUCAUGGGAAAAUAACGUUGAUUCUUUUUUUCCAUUACAUAUUUAGUAGUCUUAGAUAAAGGAAAAUGAGUUUAUAUAGUUUGUUUGCUUCUAUAAGAGCUAUCUGCACUUUGAAUUUGACCACAACUCACUAUGUUACGUUACCCACAUCAAUAAUAUGUUAAUUUUGCAUGUUACAGGUAUGUGCCAAAAAUAGAUCAUCAGGGCAAAAAGCAGAUCUUAAGCACUGUUGGGUUUCAUGGCGACCAACUGUUCGAAGAAAGAGCCCGUAAUGUAAAGUGGACAUUUCGUGUUGGUGAUGAUCAGUAUGACCGCUUGGAAGGUUUAGAAACAGAAUUUGCUGAUUGGCACGCGAAGGUUACUUUAUAUAAGGUAAUUACUCAUUUAUAAUAAUUAACACAUUAAGCUGCAAGACCCUUAACAAGCUGCAAGACCCUACAAGCCAAAAGGAUAAAGUCAGGUGCAUUGCUGAUAAGCAUAAAAUUAAUAAUGUUGAAUACUUAAAUCCAUGUGUUGUCAAACAAUUACCAAUUUAUGUUCAUUCAAAAGAGACGAGAUUUUAAUUACUUUUUAUAGCUGAUAAUAAUGUUUCAAUUCAGAUUGAGUAUGAAAAGUUUCUACAACAUUCGUCAUCAACAGAAGUUGGAACAACUAUGGCAAGCAUUAACAGGACUCACAAGACGAAUGCAGUCAAGGGAAUUGACAACAGUUAUAACGAAUAUAAAGAGUUUCAUGAAAGAGAAACUGAAGCUCACAUUUGUACAGCAUUUAUGGAAAUGGCACGCAUGUCAACAUUGAAAGGUUACUUAUAUAUCGAAAUGUUAUUAUAUAUUUAAAUUAAUGUAUAUCAACAGUUAUAACUAAUUACAGUUAUUGUGCAUGGGUUUAUAUUACAUAUCAUACAUAUCAUACAGUCAUUGAUCUAAGCUAGCAGAUGGCAAAACUAACCUCUUUAUGUUGGGGAGGGCCAGAGGGGGGUGGUCCGGUGGAAUUGCCCUGCCAAAACUUAGCAGAUGCCCUGCAGUUACAAGAGGUGAAAAUCCAUUUAAUUAACACAUACAAAAAUUCAAAGGCAAAGGAAGCUUCCUAAUAGUUAAAUAUAAAGGAGUCGACACUCACAUUAGGCCCCACCAAUUGUUUCAGGCACCAAGCAAGAAAAUUUUUAGGAGCCUGACUUAAGAGCAUCAGAAACAACAUGUUUAUAGUCUUAUUUAACCUCUUUCAGCAUGCUUAUGUCUAGUUUACAAAUGAUGGAUUGUGAUUAUUAAGUAUUAACCUGUAUGGACAGUCAAAUUUUGGGUGGUAAGGAAGAAAGAUAUUCCAAGUCCCAUCUCAUUUAAUAUUGGGGGGUGGUGCGGGCCACCCUGCACAAAUUUGAAUUCUAUUUUUGUGUGCACUCCUAUAGGAGGCAAAUGGAUAAUACAAAGUUAUAUGUUGAACUUACAUAAAGAGUCAACACUUAAGGAAAUGGCUUUCAGCACAACUUUGUUACCGCGCAGGCAAGAUUCUUUUGUUACCCUAGCAAUCAAGCACAACUUUGUUAUCCUCAAGAUUGUUUUAUUGUCCUGGUAAUCAAGACCCCCCCCCCCCUUCUUAAGUUUCUCCCUAGCUGGAUCUAAUAAUGAUCAGUCUAAUUACAGUGAAGUUGAGUAUGAUAUAUGUGAUUGCAACAAUCAUGCAGUUUUAACUUGUUGACCAGCAAUACAUACUCAAAUGCUUCGGGCAACUUUAUUCUAACUUUUAUUCUGUUACUCAUCAAGUACAUAAAUCUUGCAGCUAGCUUAUAUGGGUUAAAACUAAAAACAACUUUAACAUCUGCUUGUAACAGGAGAACCUGCCAUGUCCCUACCAGACAAGUCUGAGUCAAAUGACAUUAAAAGAAAAUGGCUUUUGAAUGUGUCUCAACAGCUGGUCGACAGUUGUGUGGAAAAAUCAUGUGAUAUCGGUCGACUGGUGAAUCAAACAAUUGAUUUCAAUAAAUUGUCAAAUGGACCGUUUAAAUGCAGGCAAACCUUGUGUGAGGCUGAAUAUGUGUUCCAUUCAGCAAGAGUGAGGUAAAUAAUAAUUGUUACGAAACUCUCCAUCCUAAAUGUUGGCUAAUACUGUAUAUAACAUUAUUAUAACAUACUAUCAAGCAAUUAAUUGAUGGAAGUUACAGCAACUACAGUCUACAUGCAUGCAUGCUUAUAUGCAAUAGCCCCUGCUUCAGAUAAAAAUUGCACAUGCAGUGUUCAGUGUGUUCUACAGCUGCAUUAUUGGAUCCUUCUUAAUCAGAUUGCGAUUUACAAUUUUACACACGGUACAAUACUACAAUAACGGACUAGUAAAUCCAUGGUACAAUAACCAUGUACAAUAACCAUGUACAAAAAUAAUUGUUGAAAUUUAUUGUCAAAACAGUAUGAUAUGUUUUGCUAUUUUUUAUUUUUAAGGCAUGAAGUAAAUGAUCAUGGCCAUCAGUAUGACACCUCUUUUAGCAGUUCAGAAGUGGAUGAUCAUGGGCAUUACAAGUGUCAGGUUGGAUGUGGAUAUGUGUUCAGCACAAAGCAUUUAAGGAACAGUACAGAAUGACUAAAUAGUGGCAAAUUAUUCACAAUAAAAAAGAAUUAAAGAAGCAUCAUAUUCCACAUUUUAUUAUUUUUUACACUUUAUUAUUUUACAUUAUGUUAGGCCUGUUUCAAACGUCGCGCUUCGCAUGUGCCGAACGCAUUAAAAACAAUAAAUAAUAAGCUGAAAUGCCUCAUUACCUAUUGUUUCUAAUGCGUUUGGCACAUGAGAAGCACAACGUUUGAAACAGGCCUAACAUAAUGUAAAAUAAUAAAGUGCAAAAAGUCUAAGAUAGUGUAAAAUUAAUGUAUAAAAAACUAAUAAAGUAUUGUUAGUUACAAUAAUUUUACGAUAUUUCAGGCAUCAAGAAAAGAAGCAUCAACAAUUACCUGUAACACCUGAGAAAGGUGCAUGUUCAGACAACAAAGAAAAAGUAACACAUGACCACCUAUUCAAUUAUCACAAUGCAAAAUUGUUAUAUGGGCUAGUACUGAUGGAGUUCAAUGAUGCAGUAAAGGAGGGUGAUGGUGAAAGAUUAUUUGAAUUGUACAAGCUUUGUCUUUUGCUGUACAAAAGUAUUGGGCAUACUAAAUACAGUUACAUUGUCCUUAAUCACCUAGUCAAGCUUACAUCCUUAUUGUCACCAUUCGAGGCCCACAGAUUGAAGUGGAAUCGUUUUUUCAACAAGCAUGGUGGGACUGGUUGCAACAUCCCAAUGGAUCUUAGAAAGGAGCAACUUAACAAAACCCUAAAGAAACUGUGGAGAUCUUUAGGGUCCAACAUUAACGAGAACAAUGCAUCCAGGGUUGCAGAUACUCUUGAAGUAAUGGAACAGAUAACAGAUAAGAUUGAUCAAGACUGCAACUACAAGCGAAAGAAAGGCACCAGGAAUAUUCCAAAUGAAGCAGAUGCAGUUAUUCAGAUCUCCUCCGAUUUAAUGUCCAAACAGGUUUUUCGACACACACCUGGCAGAACAGGUCAUCCAUCAUUUGCAAAGUUUGAUGGAAAUAUUUUGGGGAAAAUCGAUUACAAAGCUCUUCACACCUGGAUGACUGACAAUGUCAAGCUGUGGGCUUCUAUCAGUGAAAAAUAG